UGAAGAAGUGGAUCUAGUCUUUGAGCUUUCACCCAAAGACACCUUCUGAAGGAGGUGAGCCCAGAUCCUAUGACAUCAGCAGCAGGGAAUGAUCAUGGAGGAGCUGUGGUGGUGUUUCCUGGUAUUGAUCAGCCUCUUUAAUGUUUCUGGCCACACAGACAUGCAUAAGAAGGCCUUUGUGUUCCCCAAAGAGUCAGCCGAUUCCUACGUGUCUCUGAAAGCACAGCUGAAGAAGCCACUAAAAGCGUUUACCCUGUGCUUCCACGUCUACUCCGAACUGAAUCUGACCCGUGGCUAUGGCAUUUUCUCUUAUGCCAUUCAGAAACAGGCUAAUGAGAUCCUCAUAUCUGGGUCUAAGAGUAGAGGAUAUAUUGUUGGAGUGGGUGGGACUGAGGUAUUAUUCCGUGUCCCAGAAACCACUGCUGCUCCAGCACACAUCUGUACAAGCUGGGAGUCAGCCUCAGGGAUUGUUGAGUUCUGGCUAGAUGGGAAGCCCAUGGUGAGAAAGAGCCUGAGGAAGGGAUACACUGUGGGAUCAGAGGUGAUUAUCAUCGUGGGGCAGGAUCAGGAUUCCUUUGGUGGCGACUUUGAUAUAAACCAGUCUUUGGUGGGAGACCUUGGCAGUGUGAACAUGUGGGACUGCGUGUUGUCACCAGAAGAGAUUAACACUGUUUAUUUAGGUGGGACCGUCAUUCCUAAUGUCCUAAACUGGCGGGAGCUGAACUCUGAGAUCCAUGGGGAAGUGUUCAUCAAGCCCGAGCUGUGGUCCUGAGACCCUGCUGUGGGUUCUGAAGGUGCCUCUUCCUGGCACUUAUGCCUGACAGGCUCCAUGUCUCUGGCUCUGGAGCUGUCUCCCCUCCCCCCACUAUAUACACUGUAGGUCCCUGAGUGGUGCAAGCAGUUUGCAGUUGACUACUAGCCUAAAGGUUGACAGUUCAAACCCAGCUAGCAGUGCCAUGGAAGAAAGGCCUGAUGAUCUGCUUUCAUAAAGAUUACAGCCAAGAAAACCCUAUAGAGCAG